UAUUAUGAAGAAUCACAUCUUGUCUGGAAGGUUUCCGCUAAACAACAUGAUUAGUGACUUAUCUCUGACGACCCUGGCUGGAACCAAACUGCACAUUAAAAAGCUAACAAAUGGGCAAGUAGUUGUCAAUGGAGUUGCUCAUGUUAUUGGAGACAUUCCUGCAACUAAUGGCCUGGUACAUGUAAUAGAUCAGAUGAUCCCGGCUGUUGCUCCUCCACCUUCAACCACAGUAACACCAACCAAACCAACUGAACCAACUAAACCUACCACAGCAACCCCAGGAAAACCAACUUCAAAGCAGACAACCCAGCAAACUACUAUUCCAACAGAAGGACCUGUUGUGCCAGAUGGACCAAAUGCAGGAAAGCAGGAGAGUAGCUCAGUUGGUCGGGGUGCUAUCGCUGGUAUUAUCAUUGGUACAAUUAUGCUUGUGAUGUUGAUCGCAUUUGCUCUCUGGUUUGUGAAGAAGAACCACUUUCCUUCCCGAGCUUAUUACAAAAAGAAUGUGGACACGGUGCAUUUUAGCAAUGAAGCAUUUAACGACAACAGUAUGAUGUCAUUUGAUAAUGUCUUGUAUGGUAACCUUGACGACCCAGUGCUCAUGACACCACUGGAAUUUCCAAUUGAUGACAAGCAGCCUGUGCCACAGGGUCAAGCACCAGAGCAUCUUGACUUUGACAAUCCACUGUAUCGUGACUUGCUUGGCUUGGACGCUACACAGAAUCCUCAUGACAUGGAACAAGGCAGUAAUCCGGUGAGUGAUUUGUUUACAAGUAAAAAUGGAUGGAUUCAUGCCAAACUUGUACUUUUGUGCUCUAAUAUUGUUUUCAAAUUGUACUCCAUUUGGUCAAUUACUAUUACCACGCGAGCAAGUCGUUAAUUUUUCAUAUUUAGCCGCGUAACUGCAAGCAAUCUCUUCAUUCGCGUAUCGUCACAUUUCUCUACAGGGAUAAGUAUUAGAACAUGUACAUGUAAGCUUAGAUUUCGGUAACCAAAUUACUAUCAUAUAAUGAACCUAGAUGUAACGCAAAGAAGGAAUAGGGUGUGUGCGUUACUGCUUCCUUAUAACAGUAGCCUCCUUUGUACCCUUACUUGACGCGCGUUGCGUGCUAAGUUACUGCUGGGAAGGACACUAACUUAAUAUUAGAGUCAUGGGGCGCAAGGCGCACGAGCUCGCGCGGGAUAUGCACUGAAGCACCUGUUAAGUAGGUUAAAAUAUGAUUCAUGGGCUACUGAACCUAAGUCAACCUUACGAGAUGUCAUUCUAGCUGACAGUAAGGCAGUGAGAACGUUGAAGUGCGUCGGCGGCGUGGACGCUGUCUCCUUGUGCUACUUUUUUCUCUCUUGUGAUAUGGAAGUGAAUGAGAUUAAGAGGUCAAGAAUUUGAUCCAGAACUUUCUCCUUAUGUGAUACUUAUGUGCAUUAGCAAGACACUAACUCUCAUAGCGUUUC